UAUUGUGUUUUUUCAGUAAUGUGUUGGGGAAAUAGUUAGAAAUGUGUCAGUUUUGUUAUACUGUACGUUUGAGUAAAUAAUAACUAAGGAGCGAUGGAUCCGAAUCGUGAAUCCGGAUUGGGAAGCGAUUCUGAUAACAUGGCAGAAUUAACAGCAUUAUUGACAACCGAGAUUCCGGAUGGGAGAAGUAAUCUUGCAGAUAGCCAUACAAACUUGGAGAGGGUAGCAGAAUACUGUGAAGGAAAUUACUUCCAGUCUGAUAACAAGAGGGCUGCUCUUGAAGAGACCAAAAACUACACCACCCAAUCUCUGGCCAGCGUUGCUUAUCAGAUCAACACCCUUGCAUACAACUUCUUGCAGUUACUGGAUCUUCAAACUGCUCAGCUUGCAGAAAUGGAAAGUCAGAUGAAUCACAUUGCUCAGACAGUGAUGAUCCAUAAGGAAAAGGUUGCUCGUCGUGAAAUUGGAGUGUUGACAGCCAACAAGACAACAACUAGACAGUACAAAAUAAUUGCUCCUGCCAAUCCUGAGAAACCAAUUAAAUAUGUGCGGAAACCUAUUGAUUACACGGCCUUGGAUGAUAUUGGUCAUGGAGUUAGAACUACGUCCACAGGGGGCACUCCCCGUUCUAAGCAGAGAGGGUCUAGUCAGGGCAGCAUCCAGUCACUUGGUUCAGUAUCGGCAACCGGCAUGGGACCCGUGGUGGGUCCAGCCCCCACGACAAAGCCUCCGACUCCACCGCAGGUUGUCCGAACGGGGGGCAGCCUCAGUAAGGGAUCCAGAGAGUACAGGACUCCACCUGCUGUAGCACCACCUCAGGUGCCAAGUCACUAUGCGCCCAACUAUCCACUUGGACACCCUCGUCGAGGAGAGAGGGGCGCUGGUUACAGCACCUUGCCAAUGCCUCCCUCGGUACACAUGCAUUCCCAUACGCUGCCUCACCACACUCAGCAGCAUGUUCCCCACCCUUCUCCUCCCAUGUCCCCCCCUCAGGUAGGCAUGGUGCAUCCAAUACCUCACAACAUUCAGCAGACUGUGCAGUCAUCGCACCCGCAGACUCCUCCGCCUCCACCACCACCAAAUUCGUACACAUUGGACCACCACUCCAGCAUGCCGCCUCCUCCUUCUCCACUCUCAAUAGUGAUAAAUAGUGGUGGUGACACAGUUGACCAUGGCAGCCUACAUCAUCUGCAUCACUCCCAUACACUGCCUCAUCACCAUGCACCGGCUCAGGCUCUUCAUCAUCAGCAUCGUCCUGGCAACGCUUCUCCCCCACUUCCACCGCCACCUCCCCCCGAGGAUGAGCAUGCGGGGUUUGGCCGUCCGCAUGCCGGAAGGAUGAUGCCGAUUGUUCCAGAUGAAGAGGACUUGCCAGGAUGGGUCCCCAAGAACUACAUUGAGAAAGUGGUUGCAAUCUAUGAUUACUAUGCAGACAAAGAGGACGAACUUAGUUUUCAAGAGAGCUCGGUCAUAUAUGUGCUGAAGAAGAAUGAUGAUGGUUGGUGGGAAGGUGUCAUGGAUGGCAUCACGGGACUCUUCCCAGGGAACUAUGUGGAACCGUGUGUUUGAAGCACAGUGGUUUUUGAAGCAGAGCACUCGUUCCUGCGGCUUUUCAUAUUGAAGGUACUAGAAAGUAGACCAGUGAGGGCUUAAAAGUAUUGCUCGGUCGCUUAUCAAUCGGAAGUUGGUGAGUUUCAAGAUAAUCUUUGUUAAAUUUACUUAUUCACGUCACUUGUAUGUGUUUUGAAUUCUUACUGGUCUCUUUCCUUGAGGUAAAAUGCCCCUGAGAUGUGUAUUAAUUCCUUUUCAUUCUUUAAAUAGAAGAAAAUUUUUAUAAUCUUUUGUAUCUUACAAAAGCUUAACUCUAGAAGAAAAAUGUGAUUUGGGUUUUUGGAUUGUUACACCCAAGUGCCACAUCCGUUGUUUAUCCCUUAUUUGUGAAUUACAAUACGUAUUACGAAAAAUAUUUUAACUCUGUGAGAUUUGGGAUUGACCGUUAACUCUAACCUAGAAAUGUCAGGAAGAAGGACAUUUCUGAAAAAUGAUUUAGCAGUAUGCUAGUGCAACACAUAACUGGACUUCGCAUAAACUGUGAUUCACGGACAGUGAAAGUUAACAUUAUA